AGUAAACAAAAUUUUUAAAUCAAGCGCAUUUAGUCGAAGUGAAACUAAUAUUAAAGUUUUCUUUCGAAAAUUUAAUAUUUGAAUAAUUCUAAUUGGAAAUGGCUUCAACCACAUCAUGCCGUUUAUGUAGCUUUAGCUGUGAAGAAUUUAAAUAUUUAUUUAACGACAAUGGUCAGAAAAGUGCAGUUUAUGAAGUUGCAGUCAAAUAUUUUAAAUCAUCGCUCUUGAAUUCCGGUGCAGAGACUUCUUCUGCAAGGGUCAUUUGUAUAGAAUGCUGGCAACAUAUUAGUGACUUUCAUAGUUUUCAACAGUGGAUCCUUAAUGCCCAAAUAGAACAGGAAGAUGUAAAACUGGUUGUACAUCAAGAUAAAUCCGAUGAUCAAAUGUCAACUUUUGAUAUUAUUGAAUUUGAUGUAACUGAUACAAGGAGUACAACAAAAUCAAAUGAUUCAUUAAAAUCAGAUGACACAGAUUAUAAAGGAGAAAUUGAUAAUAAAGAUGAUGACGAUACUGUUAUAGCAAAAUUAAAAGGAAUGUUGGAAUGUUAUAAAUGCAAGGACCUAUUUUCAAGUUUUUCUACAUUAGAAAUACAUUUUCAACAAUUGCACCCACUGGAACAAUCUUUUGUUAUAUGUUGUGGAGAAACAUUUGCUGUGAAAUGCAGCCUUGUUGAACACCUUGUUGUUGCUCAUAAUAAAAUUGAUGUAAAUCCUUUUAAAUGUGGAACGUGUGAGGCAUCAUUUUCACAAUAUGGUAACUUAAGGAGACAUGUACGAAAAAAACAUGAGGUACAACCAUUACUUAAAUGGACCUGCAGAUAUUGCAAUAAACUGUUUAAAAAUCAUUUACAUUUAGAAAGACACAAACAUAAAAUGCAUGCUACGCGGAAAAAGAAUGAUUUUCCAAAAAACUUGUCAAAAACUGCUAAUAAAAUUAAUAAACGAAAAUAUUCAGAAGACAAUAUGGAGACAAAGGAAAAUCAAACAACUACUAAUCUGGUGUAUAUAAAAGAAGAAACAAUUGAUAGUAAAGAUAUUGAACAAAAUUUGCCCUCAGCUUCAAUUGACUUUAAUUCCACUGUUCAAAUACAAAUGCCUGCUUUAGAUAUUAUUGAUGUAAAAAAGGAAAAUUUAACGGAUAGCGAAGCAGAUUCAAUUAAUAAGAAAUCUUAUUCCGACAUAGAAGAAGAACCAGAUUUCUCCUCGACAAAAUGGAAGAGAAAUUUGAAAUGUCCCAAAUGUAAUAUAACGGUAAAAAGUUAUGAUCAGUUAAAUGACCAUUUUAUUUUACAACAUCCGGAAGAACGUUGUUAUAUUAAUUGUUGUCACAUCACUUUAUACGAGCAAGCUAGUAUUGCCGAGCAUUUGCAAUUUCAUGAUAAUUCUAAAACGUUUGAGUGCAACGAUUGUGGCAAAUGUUUUAAGAAUAGCAAAGGUUUGGCCUCACAUAAGUUGCAAGUUCAUGCUGAUAAUAGGAGUGUUUAUCAUUUACAUUUAUGUUAUUGCAAAAGGGCCAAAGAACUACAAAAAGAAAAUAAACAACAACAAAUCGCAUACGAUACCACGGUUUGUUGUCAACGUAAAAAGAAAAUUUUAGAAGAUGAUGCCCUCAUUGCGGAGUGGAAAAACGUUUUAAUUUGCGAAAUUUGUAAAAGUACUUUCCCCUACUACUCUUUGAUGCGUACACAUUUCUAUCACGAACAUCCGGGAGAAAAGUGUUACAUAUCAUGUUGCCAACGCAAGAUAUCUCGAAUUUCUGAUGCCUUAGAUCACAUACGCUCUCAUUUGGACCCGAAUGUAUAUCGUUGUAAAAUAUGCAAUACAACCUGCUCCAGCAAAAGCUGUUUAGCGAAACAUAUGCGUAAUACCCACAACGAUUACUUGCCGAGACAUAAAUGGGCCUGCGAUGAGUGUGAUAAAACAUUUGAAAUACGUCAAAUAUUAACAAGACAUAAAAAUAGUUUCCAUUCCAAACAAGUUUGACUUUUUCCUAGCGACUACAGAGAUCUCUUAAAUUAAUAUGUAUGUUCUUUAAUGAAUUAAAAAAACUGUAUAGAUUAUUGUUUUACUUUGUAAUUUUUAUUAUUAUUAUCUGAAUUUAUAUUUUAUGAAUUAUAUUACAUUUUUAGGAAAUAAGAUGUUUUAGUCUUAAAAAUUACUACUAUAUUUUGAACAACUGAAUUGAAAGAACAUUUGAAAUAAAAAAAAAGUAAAUAAAAGAGUCUGUGCAUUCUA